AUGCACCCCGUCACGUCCCUCGUCUCGUCGGCCACGCUGCUGCUGUCGGCGGCCUCGCUCGCCGCCGGCCAGGGCGUCGGCACGCAGCAGACGGAGACGCACCCCAAGAUGCCGUUCCAGAAGUGCACGGCCAAGGGCAGCUGCACGACGCAGCAGGGCGAGAUUGUCAUCGACGCCAACUGGCGCUGGGUGCACGACAAGGGCGGCUACUCCAACUGCUACACGGACAACAACUGGAACACCACGGCGUGCGCGGACGCGACCUCGUGCGCGUCGCAGUGCGUCGUCGACGGCGCCGACUACACCAAGACGUACGGCGCGUCGACGAGCGGCGGCGCCCUGACGCUCAAGUUUGUCACCAAGGGCGACUACGCGACCAACAUCGGCUCGCGCAUGUACCUCAUGGCCAGCCCGACCAAGUACGCCAUGUUCACGCUGCUGGGCAACGAGUUUACCUUUGACGUCGACGUCAGCAAGCUGCCGUGCGGCCUCAACGGCGCCGUCUACUUUGUGUCCAUGGACGAGGACGGCGGCAUGAGCAAAUACUCGACCAACAAGGCCGGCGCCAAGUACGGCACGGGCUACUGCGACAGCCAGUGCCCUCGCGACCUGAAGUUUAUCAAUGGAUGGAAGCCCUCGUCCAACGACAAAAACGCGGGCGUCGGCGACAUGGGCUCGUGCUGCGCGGAAAUGGACAUCUGGGAGGCCAACAGCAUGGGCAUGGCCUACACGCCGCACCCCUGCAAGAACAACGCCCAGCACGUCUGCAACGGCGACGAGUGCGGCGGCACGUACUCGGCGUCGCGCUACGCCGGCGACUGCGACCCGGACGGCUGCGACUUCAACCCCUACCGCAUGGGCGUCAAGGACUUUUACGGCGCGGGCCUGACGCUCGACACGUCCAAGAAGUUUACCAUUGUCACGCAGUUCCUGGGCUCGGGCACGACCCUGACGGAGAUCAAGCAGUUCUACGUCCAGGGCGGCAAGAAGAUUGAGCUGCCCAAGACGACCUGGCCGGGCCUCUCGGGCAACUCCAUCACGCCCGACUUCUGCACCAGCCAGAAAAAGGUCUUUGGCGACCGCGACAGCUUCGGCGACAUUGGCGGCUUCCCCGCCAUGGCCGACGCCCUGGCCAAGCCCAUGGUGCUCGUGCUGUCGCUCUGGGACGACCACAACUCCAACAUGCUGUGGCUCGACUCGACCUACCCGACCGACGCGGACCCGGCGACGGCCGGCAAGGGCCGCGGGCCCUGCGCCACGAGCAGCGGCGUCCCCAAGGACGUCGAGUCGAAGAACGGUGAUUCCACCGUCGUCUACUCCAACAUCAAGUUUGGCGCCAUCGACUCGACCUACUCGGCGUCGUAG